AUGUUCCUGAUGCGCCUCGUGUUGCGGCUGCCGCCGACGGUGGCGACCACCAGCAUGAAGAACUACUGCCUGAACCCGUGCAUGAUGAGGCCGACGGUGGCGAUCAUCUGCAAUAUGUGCCUCUGCCUGAACCCGUUCGUGGUGUGCAUCGUGCUGCCGCUGACGCUGGCGGUGGCGAUCAUCUGCUUCAGGAGCUUCUGCCUGAGCUCGUUCGUGAUGAGUUUCCUGCUGCCGCUGCCGCCGCCGGUGGCAGCCAUCUUCUUCAAGAACUUUUGCCUGAACCCGUUCGUGAUGAGCUUCGUGCCGACGCCGCCGCUGCUGGCGGCGACCAUCUGCGUCAAGAGCUUCAGCCUGAACCUCAUCGUGAUGACCACCGUGCUGCCGCCGUCCCCGUCGGGCCUCCGCAUGAACCUGAUCGUGCUCACCAUCGCGCUGCCGCUGCCCCCGACGGUGGCGACCAUCUGCAUGAAAAACGUCGACCUGAACCCGUUUGUGUGGAGCCGCUGGCAACCGCCGCCGCCGACGGUGGCGACCACGGCUGGGCUGCCCCUGGUGCCCCGUAUCUGCGUCGAGCCGAUAUUCUCCGCCUCCGCUGCUGCAGCACGGCCCUUUCUGGGCUGGCAGAGUCCCUGGUGGAUCCCGACGCCGCCCUUCAUGAUGCUGCACGUUCUGAGGCCCCGCGUGACUGCAGGCCCGUCGGAGUGGCCAGCCCUGCGCCCCCUGUCUCGCUCACCCCGCCUCUUCCCCCCAUCCCAGUGUUUCCCACGUUCCCGAAUGCAGAUCAUGAUUUUCAUAAUGCUUCGCACGAGUUACAUCUUUCCGCUCCCCGUGCAUGGCCCCAUGCGGACGGCCAGAGCGUCGAGCGACUGA